UCCAACACGCUGUUGAUAGAAAUUUUGUAUAAAUAUGUGAUUUGGAGGAAAUUUUACUUAGUUCAUCUUCUCAAUAGAACACAACGUUGAACAUUUGUAAAUCUUUCAACUUUUAAGCAAUCUUAUAUUCUGUAUAGCCCACUGUUACUAUUGCAAUCACGAUGUCAAUGUAAUAAUUAUUAUGAAAUCGACAAACAAUGUCUAAAAAAUAACUCUGUGUUUCUAACUUGCGAAUAAAUAGUAGAGGCUUUUGUCAAGCAGCAACAAGACUCAAUAUCCAGUUUUAAUAAAUAAGAAAACGCCAACUUUAAAAAAAAUGAGGUUACUUACUGUAAUAACGAUAACGUUGUUGUUCAACUUGUUGUACGCUGGAGAUGUCGAUUUCAAAUUUGGAGAUGAGGACGAGUAUCGUAGCUCUAUUGUUAAAUUGAGAGAACUGGUGAGCAGAGUAGCUGAGCAUAUUAAUGGCGUACGAAUUUUGAAUUCAACCUCUGGAAGCGAUACCUUAACAAUCAUAAAUCUUGAAAGUUCCAGGAAUAACAGAGUACAACUCGUUAUGCAAAACAGUAAUCUAUAUAUCGUUGGUUUCGUGUUGCACGAUGAUUUUCAUAGAUUUCCAGGCCAUUCUAAUGUAACUCUGAAUAUACCCAACAAAAACAUCACCACCACUAAUUUUACCCUCUUCGGUUCCAACUACGAUAGUUUAGAAAGGGUAGCUGGACGACGUUUGGAAGAUGUUACAAUCAACCCAAAUGUAAUAAACAAUGCCGUCGAAAGCUUAUAUCGUUAUGGCAACGGUAAUUCGGAUAUCCCGGCAAUGGCGCGGGGGGUGAUGAUUCUUAUAGUAUCCAUUUCGGAAAGCGUAAGAUUCAGCCGUAUAUCCAACGAAAUAAGCGAUAACUAUUAUUCGUAUGUAGUGGGAUUAGACGGAGCAAGCCUAGUUCAUAGUUGGGAUAGCCUUAGCGAAUAUGCGAAUAACCUUCAAAACAAUCCCCAUUCCACAGCAUCUUUGCUCUUACGACUAUAUGAAGAUGUUGGUGAUUGUGUCAGAAUGAAUUUGCAUCAAAUUUUGGCAGUGGCCUUGAUGUGUAAACCACCUUUGCGCCCUCGCAUAUUUGAUAGCAAUCUUGGCAACUUUGCAGACUCGGCUAUAUGCCCACCUAAUGAAAUGAGCCAAAAUGUUCUUAUAAAUAAUCAGUAUUGGCCAAAAGCUCUUGCGAUUAGUAUUCUUUUUUAAAAAUUUUUUAUAACAAAACUGUUGUUACAAUGUAUGAAAAGAAAUUUUUUUUUUUUAAAUUUAAUUAGCUAAUACUUGAAAAUUAAAAACACUGUUAGAAUUAAAAACGAAUUGAUGGUAUUUCAUGCGGUAAUAAAAACAUGACUAUAACAACGAA